UCGCGUUUUGUCUGUUGUGUGUAGUGUGACCGGCAUCAAGGAGUACCUGCUUGAAAGUUUUUAAUCCUUAGUUUCCUGCAUUGAUACAUCCUAAAAAUACUUUAAAAAUGGCCCAUUUGAGAGCAGUGAAAGCGGGAUUGGGACGAGACUGUCAAAUGAAGAUAGACUCGGCUUUUACGAGUGGUGACGCCAUAAAAGUCCUGGAAUGGGUUAAAGAAGAAACCGGGGCCGAUUUCGAGAUCGCCGACUCAGAUGACAGAACCAAAAGUAUCGAUAAUUUUCACGAUGUUUUAAAGGAUGGUUUACUGUUAUGUCAAUUGAUCAACAAAUACCUGCCUGAUGAAUUAAAACUGGAUAUGACCAAAAAAACAUUUCAGAAGUCAAAUAACCCGAAUUUUGAAAUCAAUCGUGAAAGAGAACGACUGGACAGUUUUUUGAUUAAAUGUGUACAGCUGGGCGUCCCUAGAGUUGCUUUGUUCCAAAUCGAUAAUUUGUACGAGUUAACAAACUUAAGUCAAGUGUGUGCCGGUCUUGCAGCCUUAGGAAGUGAGAUUGAAAGCCUCCCAAGUUUUACUGGUGAGCGACGAUGGCCUAAAAAGUAUGUGGACCCGAAGGCUGAAGAAAAACGAAAGGCGGCUAAGCAAAAUAACAAGCUCAGCUGUACAUACUCUGGAAUACUCUACGGUGCUCCAGACAGCCAUUAUUGAUUACCAUGACAACGUUAUCACGUGUGGCACAGUGAGCCAAUGAAAAGCGCUGACACAUCAUUAACCGGAAGUUAAUUUUGAAAAGCUCUGCCUUUUGUUUCUAGUAGAAGUUUAUUUUUCAUAUGAUCUCAUAUGAUUCUAUAUUUCUGCUUGCUGGAUUUCAGACACUUAAAUACGAAAACGUAUUAUGAUUUUAUUUAUUAUUUUUGCAUUCAGUGAUAAUCAUGGACUUCAUCUGCUCAAAAACAAUAGUACGAGAAGACUGUAAUGUCCUGCUAACAAAUUCCAAUUUAGAUAGAAACUUAAGAUAUUUAUGAAAUUUUGUGUUUAAUUUAUUUGAUAUAAUUGUUUAAUCUAUUUUUAACUCCAGAAAUACCAUAAUUUAAUUAAUUAUCCCCCUCUUUCUCCAAUGGAUUAUUUAAUUUGUUGUAAAUAUGGGUGCAGAUAUUGUUACUUAAAAGUUUAUAGAUUUUUAGACAUUCGUCUAGUUUAGCUGGCAUGACACGAUCGACACGCCCUCUUGUUAAAGGGAGAUAAUUGUAGCCUGACAGAGUUCAUGGAAGGUGGCAUUUUAGUAAGAGAUUCCCCUAAAGGUCUCCACAAAUAAUGACUAGAUCUGGAUAAAAAUUGAAACGUAAAAUUACUCAAGACCCAACCUGUAAAACAGUAGAACACGCAUGUGUAGAUUUAAAUGUGUUCAUGUAGCGAAGGCAGUGACGACCCUGUCGUGCCGGCAUGGAAUUAGUAUACUGUAUUUACUCUUUUAGUUUUAGUCUUUUUUUUUUUUUUUACCUGUUUUUAAAUUCAAUUCAAACUGCUGAAAAUGACCGAACUGUAAAAAAUAUGUUUAAAAAUAAACCGUUUCAUUUUA